UGGGCCGGGCGGCGGCGGCGCCGGGCGAACGGGCGGGGGAAGGAAGGAAGGAAGGAAGAAAGAAGGGAACGACAGACCGAGCGACGCGGCGCCAGGUCGGAGGAGCUGCGGCCGCGCCCGUGCGUGUCGGCGGGCGGUCAGGAUGGAUCACCACCAGCCCGUCAGCCGCUACCAAGUGCUUCACAAUGAGGAUGACCUCCCAGAGUCUUCAGCAGCUGAGCAGCCUUCGACUCAGCCUUCGACGUCUGCAGAGACUCCGCAGCCUCCGCAGACAGCAGCCUUACCUGAGGCAGACACUUCCCCUCCUCCUUACUGCAGCAUAGCUGUGGAAGCAGCUACAACCUCAGACACACACAAUGAGUUUUAUCCUGUACCACCUCCAUACAGUGUAGCUACCUCUCUUCCUACAUAUGAUGAAGCAGAGAAGGCCAAAGCUGCAGCCAUGGCAGCUGCUGCUGCUGAAGUUGCCCAGCGACACGCCCAGUUUAGGGAAUCUAGGAGUCUGUUUGAUGAAAUAUUCCUCAGUCGUCCAGAGGAAGAAGAGUAUCCACCACGGGAUGAUUUCAGUGAUGCAGAUCAGCUUAGAGUGGGCAAUGAUGGCAUCUUCAUGUUGGCAUUUUUCAUGGCGUUUAUUUUCAACUGGAUUGGAUUUUGUUUAUCCUUCUGUAUAACAAAUACCAUAGCUGGAAGGUAUGGUGCAAUCUGUGGAUUUGGUCUCUCCCUGAUCAAAUGGAUUCUCAUUGUACGGUUUUCAGAUUAUUUUACUGGAUAUUUCAAUGGACAGUACUGGCUUUGGUGGAUAUUUCUUGUACUUGGACUCCUUCUGUUCUUUCGGGGCUUUGUUAAUUAUCUUAAAGUCAGAAAUAUGUCUGAAAGCAUGGCAGCUGCUCACAGAACAAGAUUUUUUUUCUUGUACUGAAGACUGCAUCGAACAGACAUUCCUUUCCUAUGCUGGUGUGAAACUUCCAGAUGAUCUGUAACUCUCCAAGUUAAUAAAAUAGAAGACUACUAAAACCAGAAGACAAAUAAUUGAAAAUAUGGCUUCAAAAAUGAAUGACAGGAUCAUUUAUGAUCAAGUACCAGUUCUGGUCAUUCUAGUCAAUAUUUAUAAUUGCUGCCUUUUGUUUUAGCACAUUUGUAUAUGUGCUUGUUAAAAUGAUAGUAUUGAAGUAAGAACAAACUGUCUGUAAGUAUAGAUUAGGUACAGUCAGACUCAGUUAAUCUGUGCUUGUUAUAUCUGAAAGAUUUGAGUGGUAACUUGUUUCACAGCUUGUAUGUACCACAGACUUGGUGAUCUGAACUUCUGAGUAAAAUGAAAUGCAUUAAAUGAUUCAGAUUAACCAGUUCAGACAGGUUUUUUUUAUAUAAUUUAGAUUCAUCUAAUGAUUGUAUAGAACACUUUUUAAGUUUACUGAACCCCAAAGUUCCUUGUCGCAAACUUAUAUCGCCAAUAUUUUAUUGAAUUCAAGCCAAUAUACUGGUUUGUGCUAAAACUGAUACACUUUGAGUCCCCUGUAAAUAACUCUGCAUAAAUGACUGUUUUAAUUGCUUCUUAGGAAAUAUGUCAAAAUAUAUUUUGUAACAGCAUAUUCUCUAAAUUUUGUUUAAUCUUGGAGCUAUAUACAUAUUUUUUGUUAAUUGGCUAUUAAAGGAUUAGUUAAUAGUAGAUGUAAUUUUUGGAGGUUUGCAUUCUUGAGGUCACUAUAAAUUCACCAUCCACAUGGAGUGCUUCUCAAAUAUCAUACAAUUACUUUAUGAUGCUUGUUUAGAAUAAAUACAUGGCCAUUUCAUAAGAACAAACUAGUUAAAAUGCGAGGUAAUUUGGGAAGUAAUCCUAUGAAGGAAAAAACAAAUUAAAGCUCUGAGAGUAGAAAAUGUU